UGCCUAAGGAGAGUGUAAGCAGCUGCAGCCUUGUAAUUUAAAACCACUGAAGUUUCCUGGAGGACCAGCACUAUAUUCACGCACAAUGAGAGCAAGACACAGCCGCUUGUUCCGAGCAUUCACUUUCUUUCUGCAUGGAAAACAAAAGGACCAACCUGAGUACAUCCGGACAGGUCUAAGUAGAUGAGUUUGUGGGCUCCUUUUCCUGAUCCCAGAGAAGGGAUUCCAAAUAACUCAACUGGGAAUUCUGGUUUCAAAGUCCAAAUCCAUUGUUAUAAAGGGUAAUAAGGGCUAGCUGGAUGUCAGGAUGCAAGUGGUUACCCUUAUAAUGCUGUUAUUCUUUUUCCAAGCAUCUGAGCUUAAAAAGAUAAGACGGAACCACAGAGGAAACAAUGACAAACCAAACAAGCCUAAGAUAUUUUCUAGCACAGUUAAACGUUAUGCUACAGAAUCCCCUUGUGAUAUAUACACACAUCUUAAUGAAAAAUACAUGGACUGCCAGGAGACGAAACAGACAUCCAUCUUAUCUGAGUGGCCAGAAGACUUAAUUCAUAUACUGUUGGCUAGAAACCGCAUUCGUAUCUUGAAAAACAAUGCGUUUUCUAAAUUUAAGAACCUUAAGAGCUUGGAUUUACAGCAAAAUGAAAUAUUAAAAAUUGAGACUCAGGCCUUUUCUGGUUUGAAGAAACUUAAAACUCUUUUAUUGCAACAUAACCGAAUACAUGUCCUUUCAGAAGAGGUUUUUAUUAAUAUGCCACGGCUUACCUAUCUUAGACUGUAUGACAACCCAUGGGAUUGUAACUGUGAGUUAGAAUCGCUGGUCAUGUAUCUUCAGCUUCCAAAAAACAGGAAUUUUGGAAACUAUGCCAGGUGUGUGACUCCAGCUGAGAUGACCGGUCAGAAGUUAAAAGAAGUCACAUCAGAAGUGAUAUGCCAGGAGGACAUAUCAGUACCAAGAGAACAGAAAGACCCUAAAGUAAUUCGACCCUCAGUGGAUUCAUCAAAGUGUCAUCUUUAUCUACACCCAGUGGUAAUGCUUGACUGCCGGGAAAAAGAAUUUCACAGAGUUCCAGCUGACCUUGCUCCAGAUAUCAUAAAACUUGAUCUAUCCAACAAUAAAAUAAAAGAGCUACGCUCUAAAGAAUUUAAAGAUGUUCCAAACCUGGAGGUACUGAAUUUGAGCAACAAUGGAAUAGUAUACAUAGAUCCAGCUGCCUUUUCUGGUUUACUGAAUCUACAUGAACUGGAUUUAUCAAACAACAGUCUAACAAACUUUCAGUAUGGUGUUCUGGAGGACUUGUACUUUUUGAAAAAUCUCUGGUUGAGAGAUAACCCAUGGAAGUGUGACUAUCAUAUCCAUUAUUUGUUUUACUGGCUGAAGCACCACUACAAUGUCAACUACAAUGGCUUGGAGUGCAAAUCGCCCCAGGAAUUUAAGGGGUGGUUUGUUGGGAAGUAUGUUAGGAGUUAUUAUGAAGAAUGCCCAAAGGAAAAGUUUCAAGUUCAUACAGAACUGGGAAUUAGUGACGAUGAAUGGGAGAAACAUAUAGACAAUUCAAUGCAAAGUGAAACAGUCAAGAAAAAAAGUGUUCUAUUAACAAUCCUUAGUUAGGGAUUUUUUAACCUUUUAUAACAUAUGAUGAGUCAGGAGCGGCAUGAUGUCGACAUUUUACCUAUCCCGUUUUAAUGAAGAUGUUAAACUACCGGUAAAUUUUUAUACCUGUUUUCUAGGUAAAUAUGCAUGUUGUUCAGCCAACAAUUAUUGGUUUGCAAUACUUUUACUUAUCAAGAUAAUUUCCACUAUAUAAAUCAAUUCCAAAAUACUGUAAACUGGGUAAUAUUCCCACGUUAGAAAUUGUGUGGCUCAAACAUGGUAAUCUAGAACAGUAAGUUAAAUGCCAAAGCAACAGGCAUAGCUAAAAAAAAAAAAAAAAAAAAAAAAAA